AUGUCUGAAGAUGAAAUAGUAGACCAGACUAGGAGCUAUGAAUCGGCAGCGAAGGAUAUAGAACAGGAGAAGAAGAUGGUAGCGGCGUUGAAGCGUUUGUCUAUAAGUAACAUGAUGAGUUACGAUCCCGACUUACCGAUUGAAGAUAUGGAAUACCAAUACCAAUACCAGCAGCAGAACGAUGAUCUGGCCAACAAGAGCCCGCCUAAAUUACUGCAGGUGAGAAGGAGCUCGUCUCUCUCCCAUAAUUCAUCACUCAAGGGACGCCCAUCGCCAUCCGAGGAUGCUAUGCUUCAGAUCCAGGGAACCGUAGAAGACAAUGCUUCAGAUCAGCCACAACAAGAACAGGAGUUGGAUACGGAAACAUUGUUAUGGGUUCCGGCCAAUUUGCAUCCCGAAGUUGACCCAGAACAAUUCAAAAUCCAUGUUAAAACCACGGUGGGAGAAAUUAUGGAGAGAAAACUGAGCAGAAAAAAUUCAUUAAGUAGACACUCUUCUCUUUCGUCUUCCUUUUUAGCAGAUGACAGGGAAGAAACAAAUCCAUCUGAACCGGAAACUCCAGAGAAGAACAUUCAAAAUAACAAUAAUCUUGAAGCGGAACAGCAGUCUUAUCAAGAGAAAAGAUUUAGUAACCCAUCAUUGCGUGACUUAAGUUUUGAAUUGGAGAAUUUGUCAAGAAUAGCAGGGAUGGACUCAACUGAUGCAGUGACGAUAGCACGUACCUUAUCUAGCUCUUCAUUAGGUUACACUGAUGUUGAAAAGCAAGCAUUUGAUGAACUAUCAUCUCCUCCUCACGUAUCUCCAAAUAAUUCAACUAGAAGACGAGAAACAGACACUACACAGAAUAAAGCAUUUGUUGACCCUGAAUCACCAACCUCUCGUAAAACAGUCAAUAGAUUACCGCAGGAAUACGCGUAUGAUCAUUCCAGCCAACAUCAACAACACACACAACAACUUCCUCGCCAACAUCAGAGUUAUCAAAUGCCCAAAUCUCAAUUCAGUCCAAAUGAUUUUUCAUUAAAGAGAAGUAGAAGGUUGGAUUAUAGAAAGCUUUCUAAUCCAUCCGCGUCCGGUUCUAGCUUACAGAAUAACAAGGCAGGAAAACUAGCUGAAUUAAGAAAUAAUUUGAAUUCUCCUUCGCAAUCGCCAGUUACACAUCAAUAUCAUUUACCUAAGCAACCAGAACAUAAGUCAAAAAGUAAACAGCGUAAUGCUCGUGAUUCUCAACUUUUAUUCAGUUAUCGUAAUCCAAACGUUCCGCCUGAAGCACAAUCAUCGAACGAUUCGCCAUAUCCAAAUUCUGCAUCGUCAAGUUCUCCACUUGAACAACAAUUCAACACGCAUAAAUUUAGUCAACAUAAUUUGACUGCAAAACGUAUUUCGCAUAUUAAAAGUCAUAAGGAUCAAUAUGGUUUACCUCAGAAGCAAGGAUAUUCAAGAACAUCGUCUAGAUCUUCAUCAGGUGGCUCAGGAAACAAGUCAAUACAGUCUUUCGAGAAGGAGAAGGCUCGUCCAAUACAAUCGCCUCCCACUCAACCAUUCCCAUCUCACACAAUAAAUAAGCAAAAGAUUCCACCCCCACAAAAUCAAUACCGGUCUGACAACGGAAAGCAUCACCAUAGAUCUCAUGGUCGGCGGAAUAACAAUUCAGCACAACAAAUUCCCCUGCAAUCCAACAAUUAUGUAUUUCAGUUGCAAAUUCCUAAGACACGUCUGGAAGGUAAAAAGCUUGUGUCUCAAACUGAUUUAAUUAAAAAGGAGUCGGUUCCUCGUAUCAAAAUUUCUAAAGAACCCUCUAAUAACAUUACUGAGAAUAAAUCUACUCAACUAAAUCAAAACCUUGAUUUAUUAAGGUCCGAAAUAAAUGAGUUUAAGGAAAGCUUAACAAAGAUUGAUUCACCAGCCUCCAGUGAGAGCCGUUCCAUUUCUGAUAGUGACUUACCUGAAAGCAGUGACAAUAAUGAGUCAGAUUUCAGUUUCGAAGCUUCGUAUCAGAAUAUAAGCUAUGAAGAUAGCCUAGGUAUCGAGAAGGAUGUUUUGAAGGAACUUAAUAGAGAGAAAAUCACGAACAUCAACGAUGUAGAGAGUGAUUUAGAAUAUGGGAAAGCCAACCCAUUUGUCAGUUCACCGAAACAAAAACUUAUUCAAGAGCCUGUUUCCGAAUUUAUCGGCAGAGAAAAGAAUGAUAAUAAUGAAGAGUUAUUAAAAGCAACCGAUUUUGAUAUUGAUUUUGACCAAAACGAAAACAAGGAUGCAAUAGAAUUAUCUGCGAUUGAUCAAGAGCCUCUCAUAAAUGAGAUUGCUGAUAUACCUGACGAAGAAUUUAUUUCCAGAUCAAAUGAACCUAUAUCUCAAGCUUCACCUGCUGGUGAAGUACAGAAUAAAAAAUCUUUUGGAUUGUUGCCAAAUCAUUCAUCAAGCUCAUUCAAUUCUGAUACUUCAGAGUCUAAGAAGAGUUUAAAGAAGAAAAAAUCAUGGCCUUGGUUGAAAGAAAGGUCGGCUAGUUUUUCAACAAGUGAUGGUAACAAAUUACCAAGCUUACCAGAAGCAAAAUCGCCAUCCAGGUCAUUUUCAACUCCUGAGACUCCAACAAAGAAGAGACAAGAGCAAGAGCAGAUAGUUAAAGAAGUACCUAAGGCUCAUGAUGUUAAGCCUUCUGGUUCUAUUGGAAAGGAAAAUAUGAUUAGCAAGUUCUUUAAGAAGAAAAGAUCGAAUUCGUCUACAUCCGUAUCUUCAUCUUCUGAUGUCACGAAUAUGGAGACUAAACCUGGACAAGAUUCAGGAGUUACUGUAGACUACGAAUCAGAUUCUGAAGCCAAAAAGAAUCUACAAGGUAAAUUAAAGGGAGGAAUAUUUAAGAAGAUGAAUAGAAACAAAAUGCAUGAGAAAGAAAAAGAGAGACUUCAAUCAUUGAAAUCUACAUCUGUGACUUCGUUAGUAUCGCUGAUUGAUAAAGGGAGUAGUACAGAAGAUUUACUUGAACCCGAAGCCUCUCGUGAGACAAAGAAUUUACAGGAUUCAGGAAGAGAUUCUCAAUAUAGCCCUAAUAAUGUACUUGACGUAGGUAAGCAGAAGGAGAUUGAGCGGUCUUCAGAAUUGAGAACGGAAAAUGAUGAAGAGACGUUGAUGAAUUAUUCAAAAGGUAAAGAAAGGGAAACGGAAAAAACAAAACCAAAGAUCAAGACGAAUCUAUUGGGGUCUCGAAAGGAAAAAGCACUUCGCAAAUCAGAUCAUGUAAAGACUGAGAUAUCAAAACAAGAUACGGAAGGAGAACCAGAUCAGGUCGACGUAGAUGAUCUGGGAAGACUGACCGUUAAAGUCAAAACAGACGAAGAGAAGGAAGUGUCGCGUUCUGCCCUUGACAUCCAGGAAAAAUUGAAAAAGUCUAUCAAGAGGACCUCCAAGGCCAAUCAACCCAUCGAGUUCACCGACUCCGCGUUUGGCUUCCCAUUGCCUCCUCCUUCCCAGUCUACAUUGGUCAUGUUGGACUAUAGAUUUCCCGUCCAUGUGGAAAGGGCUAUCUACCGUUUAUCACAUUUGAAAUUGGCCAAUCCCAAAAGAUCGCUCAGAGAACAAGUUCUUUUGUCCAAUUUUAUGUAUGCCUACCUUAACUUGGUUGACCACACUUUGCAUUUGGAACAAUUAAAUAAUAGCUCCGAAAAUACUACAGAGGUAGUUGAUGAUACAAAAGAAUUGAAUUUCGCAACCGACGACCUAAUGGUGUCCGACGACGAACUAGAAGAAACAAAAAAUGAACUAGAUUCGGAUCAAGUCAGUAUAGAUUUAGACAUUGUUGACCUUAGUAAUACUUCUGCAACUAGAGCGGAAACCGAAUGA